GCUUUCUGCAUAUUAGAAUGAUGAGUGUUUCUUUUGCUUCACACUUCUUUCAUAUACAAUGUCUCUCUAGUAUAACAGCAUAUUAAAUUACAAAUAUAUUGCUUGUACAAUGAAGAGAAUACAAAUUUACCAAACACAUAAUGAAGAGAAUACAAGUUUGCCAAAUAUAUACUUGUGGUGGGUCCUACAUUGCUCCUACCCUGAGAAGGCAGACAGUGCUUAGUACACUGAUGUCUACAUUUACCUUGUGUUUUCUAAUCUGGAUUAGAUUGGGGUGAGUACCACAGCAGAUUCCAGAAAGGGAGUAGAGAAAACCUGCUUCAGUUGACUGCCUCUUUUGAGCCAUAAUUCUUCCCAAGUAGCCUCUCGACCAGCUCAUUUCUCUUUUUCUGGUCCUGCUAUCAUCUUUCCCCAAGGCAGAAACCUCUCCCUUCUAUUCCUCCCAUAUACCACAGGAUGCUAAAGGCUUCUCACAAAAGCUACCCCCAGGGAAUUCCAGUCUGAGGCUUUCUGCAUUCUUCUCAGACUUCUGCACAAGUCCUCGGAUUAAAUGCUCCUCAAACUACCCAAACCAACCACCUCUCUUCUACUGUGACUUCACAUGAUAUAGUCAAAUUAUCCAAUUAAAAUAGUAUGUAUACUGAUAUUUUCUUAUCUUUUAAAAGGGAGAAAGAUUAGUGCCAGUGAUAUCAUAAAAGUUCUGGGAGACAUGGGGAUCGAACUCACUGAAAAAGAACUUACAAAGCUACUGCAAGUACUACCUACAGAUGAUGCUGGAAAAGUAUAUGAAAAUAAAUUGUUGGAUGGUGUGAAGGCUAUAAAAGCUAGUGGGAAAGUUCAUCUCCGUAAUUUGCUGGAAGCUGUGAAAUUUAUUACAGGAGAAGAAGUUGAUGUGAGUGAUAUAAGAAAUAUUCUGGAGAAUAUGGGAGUAACUCUCACAGAUCAGGAACAUGAAGAGCUGUUAGAAAGCCUACCGGUUAAUGCAAAUGGAAAACUCUACCAGAAUAGGUUGAUGGAUAGUUUGCAGUCUCUUAAUGGAGGGCUUGCCGAUGUUAAGAAAAUUGAUUCAAUUUUGGGAAACAUGGGAUGGAAGCUCACAGAAGAAGAAAUUAAGGAUCUAAGACACAAUCUUCCCAUUGCUGUGCAAGCUUCAAAUAACAUUCCAAUGAAAACACUCUUGGAUGGAUUAAAGCCUUUUACAGGAGAAAAGAUGGAUGUACGAAAUGUGCCUGAUAUGCUGAGUAACAUGGGUCUCGAGCUAACAGAUAAAGAACAAAUGAAGCUACUGAGUGAACUGCCAGUUGAUGCUACUGGGAAGGUAUAUAAAAACAGAUUGUUGGAUGGUAUCAAGUCUUUCAUAGGAGGCAAAGUAGAAAAAAAUAAAAUGGAUGCUACUUUAGAAACCCUGGGAGUCAUGCUCACAGAAAAGGAGCUCAGAGAUCUAGCAGACAGUGUUCCAGUUAUUGAAUCUGGGAAAGUUAAUUUCAAUGAGAUGAUGGACAAAGUGAAAAUUAUCACAGGAGAUGAAGAAAAUAUCAGUGAAGUAAAAAAUAUUCUAGAAAAUAUGGGGAUAGAGCUAACAGAGACGGAACACACCGAGUUGGUGAAAAAUCUUCCCAUUGAUGCUGAUGGAAAGUUCUAUCACAACAGAUUGAUGGAAGAUCUAAAAUCUCUUAGAGGAGGAAAGGCUGAUAUCAACAAACUGGACAUAAUACUAGAAAACAUGGGGAUGAAUGUUUCAGAAGCAGAAUUUAAAGAUAUGAAAAAUAAUCUACCAGUGAGUGAUGAUGGGAAAGUUGAAAUGACAAAGCUGAUUGAUGAAAUGGAAGUUUUUUCAGGUGAAAAAACUGAUAUCAAUGAUCUCCAAAAAACAGUAGAAAGCAUGGGGAUAGAGCUCACAGAAGAAGAAUUUUCAAAACUGCAGGAAACUCUGCCAGUUGAUGAUGCCGAGAUGGUAUUUCAGAAUAAAGUGUUAGAUGAAAUGAAGUCUCUCAAAGGAGGGAAAUUCAGUGUCGGUGACAUAGACUCUGUCCUGGAAAAUAUGGCGAUCAAACUCACAAAAUUAGAGCUUAAAGAUCUAGCAGAGUACAUAACAGUUGAUGCUAAUGGGAAGGUUAGUCUUACUGAGUUAAUGGAUGGAGUAGAAGCUGUCACAGGAGGAGAGAUUGAUAGCAAUGAGGUGAAAGAUGUUCUGGAACACAUAGGGAUAUAUCCAACAGAAAAGGAACUGUUGAAGCUGCUGAAAAAUCUGCCAACAAAUGAGAAUGGAAAGAUCUAUCAAAAUAGGUUGAUGGAUGAUGUAAAGUCUCUUAAAGAAGGGACAAUGGAUAUCAAUAAACUGGACACAUUUCUGGAAAACAUGAGCAUGAGACUCACAGAAACAGAGCUUGAAGAUCUGACUCAGAAGCUGCCAGUGGAUGAUGAUGGAAAAGCUGUCAUUAAAAAGGUGAUGGAUGAAAUAAAAAAAUUCUUAGGAAAAAAGGUUGAUGUCAGCAAUCUUCAAAAUCUCCUUCGGACCAUGGGAAUUGAGUUAACUGAUACAGAGUGCUCAAAACUGAAGGAAUCCCUGCCCACUGAUGCUGCUGGACAGGUGUUUCAAAAUAGGAUGCUGGAUGGUGUAAUGUCUAUUCCAGGUGUGGUAGUUAAUGUUAACGACCUAAACAAAGUUUUGGGGAGCAUGGGAUUUGAACUCACAGAAAAAGAACUUGACAGUGUGACGGAGAACCUUCCAGUUAACUCGGAUGGGAAGGUUGAUCUCAAUGAGGUAAUAGAUGAAGUAAAAGCUAUUAUAGGAGAGGAAAUCAAUAUCCAUGAUGUAAAAGAUGUUCUGGAAAACAUUGGAAUAGAACUUACAGAUAAGGAAUGCUUGGAGCUAUUGGAAAAGUUGCCCAUUCAUGCUCAUGAAAUAAUCUAUCAGAACAGAUUGCUGGAAGGUAUAAAGACUUUUGGAGAAGGGAAAAUUGAGGCCAGCAAACUGGACACAGUUCUGAGAACCAUGGGGAUUGACCUCACAGCAGAAGAACUUCAAGAUCUGGAACAGAGUCUGCCAGUUAGUGUUGAUGGGAAAAUCGAUGUAAAGAAGGUGAUGGAUGAAGCAAAAGACUUCAUAGGUGACAAGGUUGAUAUAAAAAUCCUGGAAGAUGUACUGCGAAAAAUGGGAAUUGAACUUGCAGAUAAGGAAUAUGCAAAGCUAAUUAAAACCCUGCCACUUAGUGAUGAUGGAAGAGUACAUCCAAUUAGGGCACUGAAGGAGAUAACAUCUUUGAAAAUUAAUGGGCAAGUGGAUCUAAUGAAAGUGAUAGAUGGAGUGGCAGCCAUUACAGGAGGGAAGGUUGCUAUCAACGAUGUGAAAACUGUCCUGGAAGACAUGGGGAUAGAGCUCAAAGAUAAAGAAUUGUUGGAACUGGAGACAAGUUUAGUAUUCGAUGAUGACGAAAAGAUCUUUCAAAACAGGUUGCUAGAAGGUGUGCAGUCUCUUAAAGUUGACAGGAAGAUUUCUCUACCAACACUGUUGAUUAAAUUGAAAGACUUCACAGGAGAGAAGGUGGAUUCCAGUGACCUGAAAAGUAUCCUGAAGAAUCUGGAGCUGGAGCUCACAGAGAAAGAGCAAGAGAAGCUAUUGGAAACACUGCCUGUGGAUGAUGCUGGAAAAGUAUAUUACAAUAGAUUGCUAAAAGGUGUGAAGUCUCUGGAGGGAGGAAUGGUUCUUAAAAAUGAACUAUACAAUGUUCUAGAAAAACUGGGAAUUGAACUCUUAGAAGAAGAACGUGCAAACCUCUCAGAAAUCCUUCAAGUUGAUGAUGAUGCAAAAGUUAGUAUGAAAGAGGUGAUGGAUGGAGUAAGAGCUACCACAGGAGGGGAGGUAGAUGCCAAAGAUGUGAAAAGCACUUUAACAAACAUGAGAUUAGAACUUACAGAUAAGGAAUUGUUGAACUUGGAGGAAAAUCUGCCUUUUAAUGAUGAUAACAAGGUCUUUAAGAACAGGUUACUAGAAGGUGUGAAGUCUCUUAAAGUUGGGAAGGUCGAUGCGGAUAAUCUGUACACCCUUCUGGAAAACCUCGGAAUCAAACUUGAAGAUAAGGAACUUCAAGAUCUGUUUCAAAACAUACCUGUUGGUGUUGAUGGAAAAAUACCUCUAGAAACAUUGAUGGAAAAGGUCAAAGAUUUUAUAGGUAAGAAGAUUGAUGCUAGAAAUCUGCAGAAUGUUCUGGAAAGCCUUGGUAUUGAACUCACAGAGAAGGAAGUGGAGGAUCUUUUGAGUACAUUGCCAAUUGAUGGUGAGUUCCAUGCUAUCUAAGGACCUUCUAGGAAGUAUGGAGGGGCUUUAUCUAUAUGAAAAUAUUUAUUUCUUCAAGAACAGGAUGGUUUUUUUCAUUAAAAUUUAAGCUACAUUUGGCAGGGUUUUUUUUUUUUUUAGUAGCCAAGAAACCUUAAGGUGAAAGGUACUAUUAAGAAUCAUAUGUGUGGUAUGAGAGUGCUUGCCUAGCAUGCAUGAAGC